AGAAAGUUUUUUUUCUUUUUUUCUUUCAAACUCUUUUUUGAUCACAAUUAGAAUGUCUCCAGCAAACACUAACCAAGCUUUGAAAACUACCUUGUGCUUUUCUAUCGAUGAUAAGAUUGGAGGACUUGAGAACUGCUUGGCUGCCAUCAAGGCCAUGGAUAUCUCCUUGACUCGUAUUGAAUCACGCCCUAGCCUUGCCAAGGAGUGGGAUUAUGACUUUUUUGUCGAUUUUGAUGCUAAUGAUGCUAACCAAGUAACCAAUGUUGUUGAAGGCCUUCGCAAGCAUACGAAGGAUGUUCGUGUGAUUGGCUCUGAUUCCACCACAGGAGAUAGCGUUCCUUGGUUCCCACGCAAAUUGACAGAUUUGGACACUUUUGCAGAAAAAGUUAUGGAAAUGGGCGAAGAACUCAGUUCUGAUCACCCUGGUGCUCAUGACCCUGUUUACCGUGCCAGAAGAUCUGAAAUCACUCGUAUUGCCAAGACGUAUCGUACGGGACAAGCAGUUCCUGAGAUUGAGUAUACGGAUGAGGAGAAUGAAACAUGGGGUAAAGUGUUCCGGGGUUUAACCGCCAUGUAUCCCACGCAUGCCUGUCGUGAGCAUCAAUAUGUGUUACCUUUGCUUGUUCAAAACUGUGGCUACAAUGACAAGAAGAUUCCUCAGAUUGAGCAAAUCUCUCGCUUCUUGAAAGACUGUACUGGCUUCACCAUUCGUCCUGUCAUGGGUCUCUUAUCUAGUCGUGAUUUCUUGAAUUCUUUUGCGUUCCGUAUCUUUUACUCCACUCAAUACAUUCGACAUUCUUCCAAACCCUUCUAUACCCCUGAGCCCGAUGUCUGUCACGAGUUAUUGGGUCAUGUUCCUUUGUUUGCAGAUCCUGAUUUUGCUGAUUUCUCACAGGAAAUUGGCUUAGCCUCAUUAGGUGCAUCCGACGAAGAUAUUUCAAAACUAGCCACCAUCUUUUGGUUCACAGUCGAAUUCGGACUUUGUCGACAGGAUGGUGAGGUCAGGGCGUUUGGUGCAGGUUUAUUAAGUUCAUUUGGUGAGCUCGAGUAUGCCUUAUCAGACAAACCCGAGUUAAGACCCUUUGAACCACCAAAGACUGCACUUCAAAAAUACCCCAUCACAGAAUUCCAGCCCGUUUAUUUUGUGGCCGAAUCUUUCAAAGACGCUCAAGAAAAGGUGCGGGAUUUUGCAGCAAACAUGAAUCGUCCAUUUUCGGUUCGUUACAAUGCUCUUACACAGUCAAUCGAGGUGUUAGAUAACAAGGAAAAGGUUGUUCGUUUUGCCAAGAGUAUCCGUGACGAUAUGAAGACCUUAGCUACCGUCUUGGAAACACUUGCUUAAACAAACCCGAAAUAAAAAAGUUUUUUUUUUUUUUUAUUAUUAUUACUA